AUGCAACGUAAAAAGAUUCAUAUGCAGAAUAGUCUAUCUAUGCGGAGGGGGAAGAAGUUGACUAUCUCCAUUCAGGAACACAUGGCGAUUGACGUGUGCCCCGGGCCUAUCCGACCAAUCAGAACGAUCUCGGCCUACUUCCCCCGUCUAUCGCCGGAGCCCGUCUCACCUAACCCCGCCUCGCCUAACCCCGCCUCGCCUAACCCCGCCUCCUCCACCUCUCCAUUCUCCCUCAGUCCGGGGGCCAGUGCAUCAGGAGCAGGGGGCGGCGCCCUACUGUCGCCCGGGCGACUGUAUCCUGGAGCAACAGGGGGGAGUGGCCUACGGUCGUUAAGCAGCAGCAUCGACACUUCAGUGGAGUUCAACAGCUCAGACAGUGAUGACUGCACAUCGUUGGGCACGCUGGACUUUGAGCUCCGCUAUGAAACAGCAACCAGUAGUCUACACUGCAACAUCCUCAGAGCAAAGGGCCUCAAGCCUAUGGAUUUUAAUGGAUUAUCAGACCCGUAUGUCAAGCUGCAUCUGCUACCUGGUGCCUGUAAGGCCAAUAAACUAAAGACCAAGACGGUGCGAAACUCUUUGAAUCCCGUUUGGAAUGAGACCCUGACUUACCUCGGCAUCACAGAAGAGGACAUGCACAGAAAGACACUCAGGUUGUCGGUGUGCGACGAGGACAAGCUAACGCAUAAUGAGUUUAUCGGCGAGUCGCGCGUGGCACUGAGGAGGGUGAAGCCAGACCAGACCAAGCGCUUCAGAACCUGCCUGGAACACCCGCCCCUUAUUCCAUCUCCAACGGCGAUGGGAGCUGCAUUGCGUGGGAUCUCCUGCUACCUGAGAGAGUGGGAGCAUGAACAGCUCCAUGGUCUGGAAGAGCGAGGUCGGUUACUGCUAUCGCUGCAGUUCCUGCCGUGUCCAGAGGGUGGCGCUGAGCUCAAGAAGCCAGGCGGCGAGGCCCAGAGAGGACGCCUCUGUGUCGGGGUACAGCGCUGUGCACACCUAGCUGCUAUGGAUGUCAACGGGUUCUCAGACCCCUACGUCAAAACGUAUCUAAAGCCGGAUGUUGAGAAAAAGUCGAAGCACAAGACAGCGGUGAUUAAAAAGACCCUUAACCCUGAAUUCAACGAGGAGUUCAGCUACGAGAUCUCCCUGUGUGAUCUGGCCAAGAAGACGCUGGAGGUGACUGUGUGGGACUACGACCUCGGACGCUCCAACGACUUCAUAGGGGGUGUGUGUCUGAGCUGCUGGUCUCAGGGAGAUGCACUCCGCCAUUGGAUGGACUGCCUGCGCAACAAGGGCCAGAGGGUGGAGCGAUGGCACAUCCUAACCAAUGAGCUUCCCAAGUCCCUCUAUCCCGACCAAUGAGAUCAGAGAGUCCCUCUAUUCCCACCAAUCAGCGGCCACAGUCCCCAAAUCCUGACCAAUAAUCUUCCACAGUUCCUUUAUUCUGACCAAUGAGAUGGCAGAGUUCUUCUAUCCCUACCAAUAAUAAUCGCCAGGCCUUCUAGCCCGCCUCCUCCAUUCUCCUUUGCUGUAUUUUUGCGAUUGUUGCAGCUUCAACGCAACUCACAAAUUCAACACUUCACAAGAAUUCUUCGCAGC